UUGACGUGGCCAACAAGCUUCCACGGUGAACUACGGUAGCGUGGAAGUUUUAUUGCUGAUCCGCCACGCAAGGUGGGGAAUGUGGGAAUGAAUCCGCCUUCCAAUGCAACAUGCAACAGCUCAUGCAACUCCGCUCAGCUUCACGUUCCGGCACACACACCGUGCUGCUGUACAUGUUGCAACAAAGCGACCAAGUUCAAGGUGUCAUGCAGGAAAAGAAAAGCAGGAUCACUGCUUCAGUGCUAGCUAGGUACUUGGUACAGUCGUACGGUACAGCAUGCAGCUGAUUGACUCAACUCGACUCGGACAAUGCUCUGCAGGAGUGGCUGAGUCGUGAACGGUACACAAGCUGCAACACAGCGGCCAAGCUCCUGCCGUCAUGCUAGAACAAAACAUCAUGAUCACUUCCUCAUCAGUAGUACCAGUGCCAGCGAACCGUACCGGGAGGCUGACACAAACCUUUGCUCCAACUCGAAGACCUCUGAAAGAGUGACUACCAGGUAGCUAUUAUAUCAUAAAAUAAAUCUGCGCAGCAACAAUCAUCCUUUUUUUCAAAAACAAGCAAGGAUUGGCAAUUGCUCUGUAGGACAAACGUAAACAAUGGCCCGUCUCUUUACAUCCCACGACAAGUACCAUGUUCAUAAGGUCCUUGGAUUCCUGGUCCUGUUGAGCUAUCUGUACAGACUCUUUUGUCUCCUUCGCUUUGGAACGGCCUUUCCGGAUUUUGAAACCGUAUGGUUUGCAAGUUCGAGUGUAGCCAUUCAUGGAUUGCUCUCCUGGUCCUCUCUGUUACUGCCACUGCCGGCCACUCGAAACUUUUCAUCCCCAAUGAUUUGGCCGGAAUUUCGACUUCACAGCAUUACCUUUGCCACCCGUCAUGUUCUUGUUACCAUUCUCACACUCCAUGGCUUGUGGCCCAACCAGAAUGUCUGGACGCAUGCUCUGGCGCGAGCUGUCAUUCUUCUUGGGACCAUCCAGGUAGCAUCCAUGAUUACGGACAAAUGGGGAGACCGAGAACAACGAACCACCAACAGCAUGGUUUAUCCCAGUACGAUUUCCCCUCAACAACAAGCCCAAAUCAAAGCAGCAUAUUCCAGAGCUCAAUUCUCCGCAACAUUGGCUUGCCUCUUACCGGAUGCCACUCAAACAUUUGCACCUCUAUUGGCCAUACAAAUGUCCCCAUUGCUAAUGACAUUGGUCCGAAAGGGGAAAAUCAAUAGUUUGACAUAUCAUCGAGUCUAUGCCACUUCGUUGAUGAUUGGGUACCUCAUGGUUUUGGUCCGGACACUUGAUGAUUCCAAGUUGGCAGCAAUAAGCAGGGUGAUCAUGUUCCUGCCAACACCGUAUUUGCGCAAGCACAUGACGGCAAUGAAGCUGGGGAUAGUGCAAGUCCUGUUUGCCAUUGUGUUUUGUCCCUUGGUUGUCUUUCCAUUCUUGGAGCGCUUUGGGCUACCUAUUGGUGAUGAGCAUGGCAUUGCCAGUAGCUAUGAUCUCGUCAUUCAUCGAUUGGUUUGGGUUGCCAUUAUAGUCACCACAGCCAGGCAGCUCGAACUAUACUCACCUCUAUUCAAAACAACAGCAAAAGAGGAAUCAGAAGACCGACAACUCUCCACUUUUCCAUCCAAGCCAUCAAGUGCAAGCACCUUGGAUGCAGUGGGUAUUUACCUUCCUGUAGCAGCAGUUUUGUAUACCAUGGCCCCACAAAUGAUGACGACAAUGGGAGGGCUUGUGGAGGUGUCUCGAGCAUUUUAAUAAAAGUAGAGUGUUAUAGGCAGUGUGCUUGCUGCCUUAAUAAAUCACUUAGAGAUACAAACUGUGUGAAAAGACUUGCCUGAACACUUGCCAGUCAGUGUCACGAUAGCUCCUAU